AUGGCCUCUAGCCAACCAGCAACGGACACCAAAACGGCAUCAUCACAAACAGAUGACCAGUCACUGAAGCUCGCCGUUGCAAUCUCACUUCUCCGCUCAAAACUUCUCCAAAAACAUCCCCCUCCCCCUCCCCCUCCUCCUAGCAAUCCUCCUUCAGAAUCCGACGCUCUUCGCUGGAAACGAAAGGCUAAAGAGCGAAAACGAGAACUUCUUCGACUGAGAGAAGAUCUCAGGGAAGCCGAAGAUGCUUCACAAUGUGAUUUGUUUCCUCAAACUGCGUUAUGCAAAUGCUAUUUCUUCGAUAAUUUGGGGAAAUUAAGCCCUAAGCCAGUCGGAGACGGCUCCGAUCGCAGAUUUAACGAUAUUCUUCGCCGUCGAUUUCUUAGACAGGUGCGGAUAAAAGAAAGAAGGAAGAGAAUAAAUAAUUCAAAUAUAAAACGACGCUUUUCAGAUAUAUACAGCAAAAAUGAAGCAGAGCAACUUAGGGCCGCCGUUGAUUUUCUUGUGGAGCUUUGUGACACUACUUCGCCUGCAAGAGUGAAUUAUGUAGAGGAGGCUAAUUUUGCUAACUGGUCACACCAAGCUGCAGACUUCAUUUUAGCAUCAUUGAGGAACCUGUUAUCAAUAGGAAAUAACAUGGAGCUCAUUGAAGGAAUUGUCAGUCGCUUAAUUGUGCGUUUAGUUAAAAGGAUGUGUUCCCCUUCAGAUGAAGAUGAGUCACGUCAAACUGACACUGACACCCAGUUCUGUAUUCAACAAUUGAUCCGCAAGCUUGGAUGUGAACCUCACAUUGGGCAGCGAGCAAUACUUUCAGUUUCUCAGAGAAUUUCCAUGGUAGCAGAAAAUUUGUUAUUCUUGGAUCCAUUCGAUGAGGCCUUUUCAAACAUGCAUGAGUGCUUGUUCAUAAUGAUCCAGCUUAUUGAGUUUUUGAUAUCAGACUACUUGUUAACUUGGUCGAGGGACGAGGGCUUUGACCAUGUGCUGUUUGAAGAGUGGGUGACCUCAGUUCUCCAUGCUCGCAAAGCAUUGGAGCUUCUUGAGAGCAGAAAUGGGCUUUAUGUUUUGUACAUGGAUCGAGUCACAGGUGAACUGGCUAAACAUGUGGGCCAGGUUUCAUCAUUUCAGAAACUCAGCCAAGAUAUUCUUGACAAUCUAUUCUGCUGACGAAAGCGUGAAUUCUUUAAGAUAUUCUUUAAGGAGUAUGCUUAACAACAGACUAGGAAGCCGUUUGCCUAUCUAAGAUCCAAAUAAAGCCGACUUCUGGAAGCAUUGUAUUUGAACAGAUAGACGGAAAGAUUUUAUGCAAUUAAGAAUCAUCUUCAUUUUCGGCGCUUUCGUAGUUUAUUGACACUUCAUCGCUGCCUGGGUAGUCAAUAGUUGACACCAGCAUCAGUGAUAAUCCUCCAUCCUAGCUUCAUUUCGAGUCUAGUCUGCUUAGGUAAUGAGGGCAUUUCACCCCAUGGAUUUUAUUGGUCGGGGUAUCCUGUAGAAACUUCGAAGCUAGGGCUUAGGAUAAAGAGGUCUUAGCUUAAUUUCUCUCCUGACAUGUGAUCUAUGACUCUGUUCUGCCUUUUCUGAUCAUGAAAUCAAACGUAGUAAAAUCAUGCUCUUCCAUGUUCCCUCUUCUUUCCGGAAAGUGAUCCCUUAUUUAAGGCCGUCUAUCCUUGCCUCUCUUACUAAUGGUAUCGACCUCCUGGGCUGUUGUCGGUAUUUUUCCACCGGCAUCCACGUGUAGUGGCACUUUACAAGUCGGCAGCAUUAUUCUUUUCACUAAUCCGAUUGUCAUAAAUAUCACUUUGGGCCCACCUCAACCACCAAAACUUGUUAAUUACUGAAGGGGGAGAUAUUUUAAAGAUCCAUCAUAUCUCCUCCUUAAUUACAUGGUUCGUGGAGGUCCAUUGGGCAACAGAUAUCAUAGCUACUUUUGCUCAGAAGACAUGACGCAAAUGAGACAUGUAUUCACUCUCCUGCUCUUCAGCCUCCUCUUGCUUUCUCAAUCCCUUCCAGGUUCAGCUGUCGGCAGGCAAUUGGAUAAAGCUCUUACCAAGUCCCAGCUGCCUCAGGGAAGACAAAAUGACGUGAUCAGUUCAUUGCGGGCUCGGAAGUUAGGAGUUUACAUCAGAAAAAAGGCUCGUGUUUAUCCACGCACUGGUCGCAAAUCAUCUGCUAUCCGAACCCAGGUUCCUUCCAGCCAUGUGAUUGGUUCUGUGCUUGCCUUCCUCAGUUUCUUCCUGCUCUAGGUCUUGUUAUGGUUAAUCGUCCAAUUUGUUGAAGUUGAUUGUUCAAUGGUCCUCAUAUCGAGUGGCUUUACACCAAGUAGUGCUUAAUCAUAUUUCAAAAAGGAUGUCUCUUUUUUAUGUUUGCGUGUGCCUUGUGUUUUAUUUAGCAUAUCGUCUUAACACAACUCAAAAGUAUUUGCAUAGACAGAGAAGCUGGUAGUAAUAGGGAGUUGCUUUUAGUAAUACCUGGGCUGCUAUUUUUCUUCAACCAUGCAGUGGAUACAUGUAUUUUCACAUCUGAUGUCCAUGUGACUAGGGUUCCUGUGUAAGACAACGUGACAACGUUGUCAAGAAUAUAAAAUAUUACCCUAUGUUUGCGUAUCA